UAAAGGAAAAAAAUAUUUGUUGAUUACGCUUCGUGAACGGAUUCCUUCAUGAAAGUGUUAAAAGACAUGGCUGCCACAUUACCCGACGACGGAGAUCUAGAGGAAGUUAUGCUUAUGAACCAUCCUGUAAGAAAAUCCUCCACUCGAAGAGGCGAGGAAAGGAAACCGCUUUGUACAGAAGAAAGUGAACCAACUUCAACAUCAAGAGAAAACAUUCCCCCAGCUCCACCGAAGAGCUUUUUGCUGCUUGACGAAACGGAAAUUCUUCAGGUGCAUACAGUGGAGGACUUCAUUGCAAAGCUGUCAUGCCAUGGUGAUACAAGCAUGAAAGUUGUCUCCAUAUUUGGUAACACAGGUGAUGGAAAAUCGCACACCCUUAACCAUGUCUUCUUCUGUGGCAAAGAAGUAUUUGGAACUUCACCAUCGCAGCUUUCCUGCACAGUGGGUGUUUGGGCUGCUUAUGAUGAGGGUGAUCGGGUAAUUGUCUUGGAUACAGAAGGGCUAUUGGGUAUGUCUGGAAAUCACAACCAACGCACAAGGCUCUUACUGAAGGUCCUUGCGAUAUCUGACAUUGUCAUCUAUAGGACAAGAGCUGAAAGGCUCCACACAGACAUGUUUACUUUCUUGGGGGAUGCAUCAGAUGCAUAUCUAAAACAUUUUACCAAGGAGCUGAAAGAUGCAACAGAGCGAUGCCAUAUGGAUGUGCCUCUAUGUAGUCUCGGUCCAGCUGUGAUUAUCUUUCAUGAGACACAGCACACUCAUUUACUAGGAGUGUCACAGAAUGAAAGUAAUCCAUCAGAAAAUCUGAAGAGUCCUGAUGAGAUUUUAAAGGAGAGAUUUGCAAAUAUAGGAAGAAUUCCUCAUGCAUUUAGUUCUAUCAAGUACCUGGGGACAAGAACAGAGACUCCACCAACAAACUUCAGGGGAUUGAAGCAAGCUGUAAAAGAAUGUUUAGUUGACAGCUCUGUGCGCUUGUCACGCUCACCAACUAUCAUUUAUAAAGCUUUGAUGCUCCUGAAUGAGAAGUUCAGUGGGGACAUUGAAAGAACAAUACCAAACACUUUUCCUGAUGAAUAUUUCACUUGCCAGGCAUCAUGCCUGUCAUGCAAAGCACGAUGUCAAAAGAGCAUGAAUCAUGAGAACGAUGAAUCAUCAGCACACCACAGUGAUGUCAGAUGUCAAUAUCAAGCCCAGUUUGACAACAGGAUUUUUACUUGUAGGGCCUGUUAUGAGAGGGGAAAACAGAAUUUGGUUGUUCCAAAAGUGUGUUCCUCCAAUGAUUCAUCCUGGCUUGGAUUUGCUAAGUAUGCCUGGUCUGGGUAUGUUCUGGAGUGCCCAGGAUGUGGUGUAAUCUAUCGUAGCCGUCAGUACUGGUUUGGAAAUGAAGACCCAGUUAAGACUGUGGUCCGGACUGAGCUUCGCCAUGCAUGGCCUGGGCAAGUAUUUGCAAAGCUGGAUGGUGGCCAUGCAGCCAGACGGUUUUUGGAUCAUAUCAGCUAUGUCACUGAUGCAGUUAGCAGUCUUGGUACUCCAUCCAGUCAGGCAGUGACCAACUGGAUCACAGACAAAAUAGCCCCAGAUUAUUGGGUGCCAAAUUCUGAAAUAACAGCUUGUCAGGUAUGCCGUCAAAUAUUCAGUGAUGGAAAGACUAAGCACCACUGUCGCGCCUGUGGAGGUGGGGUCUGUGAUGCAUGUUCAACCAAUAAGAAACCUGUACCAGAACGAGGCUGGGGUGAGGAACCAGUGAGAGUGUGUGACCGUUGUUUUGGAAAAACGUCAACCGUGGAGGCUCAGCCUCAACCCACAUGUGACUUAAGUGAUUUAUCAGAUGCUCUAGAAGAGGAAACUCCUCAAGAAAUUGUGCACCCUGAAGAUGACCACAGUCUGUAUUCUGAAAACCCUUUUGGACCAGUAGCUGCCCGAAAAGUAACAGAGGUUGUUCAGUCCGCUGUGGGUGUUUUAAAAACAGCCAUUGUUUACCCUAAGGGGUUCAUCACUGAUGCAGCAAGGCCAGGAUACUGGGUACCAGACUCUCAAAUUUUAGUCUGUAACUGUUGCCAAACCGAAUUCAAGGGAAGUGAUACCAAACAUCAUUGCCGAGCCUGUGGUAUGGGUGUCUGUAGCAACUGUUCAGAAAGUAGGAGACCUGUGGCUUCAAGAGGUUGGGAUCACCCAGUCAGAGUUUGUGACCAGUGUGCUGCUAAAAAAGGACAGCUUUAGGGUCAAUUUGUUUUCAGUGAGAAGCCAGCCAUGAGAAACUUCCAGCUUAUUGGCCCUUUAUGAUCAAGUUUUUAUUAAUACUGCAACCUUAUGAGGUUUUAAUCAAACUUACUACUUCAUGGCCUUGCGUGGAGAUGGAGAACAUGAUCAUUGGCUGUGAGAUCAAGUCUGAUUUAAGUCCAUGGCAUCCUUUGCUUGAGGCCUUUUAAACCAAAACUAGAGUCUUUUGAGGGCUUUUUACUUAAAAGAAAUAAAAACCAACAAUAAGGUUAUCACAGGGGCCUGGCAGACCUAAGAAUAAUAACCCAAAAAGGCAAUGGACUCUUAAAUUGAACACAUGCAAACUGUUUGAUAUGCAGGAAAAUGUUCACCAUCAAGUCUUGAUUGGUUUUAAGCUACUGCAUUUGAUUGAUUGAGAGGGUUUCCAGAGUUUUAUAGACCUAUCAUUAAGUGAAGCAAAGUAAAACCGGAGCAAUGCUGGUUUAAUUUGGAUGCUAAAAAUCCUACAUUAUCCUCUUCACCUUUGCUCUCUUAGGAGAGAUCAAAUGAGUAAUUUCUCUGAGCAGAAUCAAUAAAUCUAUAAACCAAAAGGUGAUGAGACUAAAGAAAAUUAUCUACCUUA